AUGUCUACCGAACAAUCCCCAUUCCCACCGGGAUUCACAAUCUCCACCACACGCCUACAAAUCACUCCCUUCGACCCUACAAGCCAAAUCCACUGCAGAUUCCUCGUCCAACUAUGGAAUACAGAUGACUUCAUCAAUUCAAGCGGUCGCACUGGCAUCGACACCCCUGAAAAAGCAUCAUCUUUCAUCCAAAACCGGGUUAUCCCAUCCUACGCCCGCAAUCGCUACGGUCAAUUCCUCGUAUCAUUACACGACGGCCGGCACAUCGGCAUGGUUUCCCUGAUGAAGGGCUCUCCGCCUGAUGCGCAUUACACCGCUCCAGAUGUCGGGUAUGCGAUCCUACCCGAGGAGAGUGGGAAGGGAUAUGCGACCGAGGUGGGGAAGGGUGUGCUAGAAUAUGCGCGGGAGGAUCUUGGCAUUGAGGCAGCGUUUGGAUUCUGUGUUGCCGAGGAUAUGCGGAGUCGGAGGGUUUUGGAGAAGAUUGGGUUGGUGUUUAGAGGAGUUGGGGAUUUGGUUGUGUUUGGGGGAAAGAGGAGCGCUGUUUAUGCGUUGCCUUCUAUGGGGGAUUUAGAGGCUUACAAUCUGACGGAGAAGCUUGAGGUAUAG